AUGUCUGGUUUUGGGGCUCCAGGAGGUGGUGCGUCAAAUUAUAAGCCCACACCUCCCGAACGCGGCUCUUUUCCACUCGAUCAUGAUGCGGAAUGCAAGCACAUCAUCUCGUCCUACCUGCGCUGCUUGAGGAGACAGAACCCGCCUGGAAAGAACAACGAGGAAUGCAGAUUACUGGCCAAAGAGUACCUGGGAUGCCGUAUGGAGAAAGGCCUUAUGGCCAAGGACGAGUGGUCGAAUCUGGGCUUCAAUCUCGAGGAGGCGGCGGAUCGGACGAAUGAGAAGGCAACCAGUGCCGGCGAUGACAAGCAGAAGGGCUGA